ACGAAGAAGAGCAACUCGCUAGUCAUUUGCUGGACAGUGUUUGAGUGUGAGAGAGGAGCAGGAGGAAGAAUUGCUUGCGUUAAGAGCUGACGAAUACGGACAGAUAACAAUACCGAAUACUUGGUCAUAUCUAUUCACUCUCUGCUUUUGAGUUGCGCCAGUCGCUAAAAGUUCCCUUAUUGGAAGUCGACCAAAAUGGGGCUCCGCAAAAAGACCAACAAGAACCCGCCGGUGUUGAGCCACGAGUUUAUCAUCCAGAACCAUGCAGAUAUUGUUUCCUGUGUUGCUAUGGUGUUCCUCCUCGGGUUGAUGUUUGAGGUCACCUCGAAGGUUGCAGUGCUGUUCAUCACUGUCCAAUACAACGUUACCAUCUCUGCAAAAAGAUCAACCGGAAGAUGCACUUCUCUAAGACCAAGCACAGCAAGUUCAACGAGUCGGGCCAGCUCUCUGUCUUCUACCUGUUCUCCUUCGGAUGGGGGACCAGCAUCCUCAUGUCUGAGAACUUCCUGUCCAACCCAGUGAGUCUGUGGGAUGGAUACCCUCAUACCCUGAUGCCGUUCCAGAUGAAGUUCUAUUUUAUCAGUCAGAUGGGCUACUGGCUUCACGCUCUCCCCGAGCUCUACUUCCAGAAGACCAAGAAAGAGGAUAUUCCCCGUCAGUUGGUGUAUAUCGCUCUGUACUUAGUCCACAUCGCAGGAGCCUACAUCCUCAAUCUGAAUCGUCUGGCUCUGGUCCUGCUGGUGUUGCACUGCUUGUAGAGCUUUCUCUUCCACGUCCGUCUGGUCUACUUCAGCAACGAGAGGAGACAGACUGGGUUCACCAUCUGGGCGGUGCUGUUUGUCCUCGGACGGCUGCUCACCCUGUCCCUGUCUGUCCUGACUGUGGGCUUCGGCCUGUCCAACGCGGAUCAACAGGGACUGGACCUGGUCAACGGAAACUUCAACGUGCUCCUAGUUCGGAUCGCUGUGCUAGCUACCAUCUGUGUGACUCAAGCCUUCAUGAUGUGGAAAUUCAUCAACUUCCAGCUGAGGAGGUGGAGAGAGCAGGCCCAGCCCCAGGCCCAGGCCCUGAAACCCAAGAAGCUCCAAGCGCCCAAGACCAAGUCCAAGAAAGACAAAGCCAAUGGAGUGAACGGAGUGAGUUCCAACGGAGCCGAUUCGCCGAGAGCAAAGAAAGAGAAGUCUUCGUAAACUACCCCCCCCCCUCCCCCUCCCCCUCUCUCUCAGUUCCUCCAACCGAACCCCGUUUUCCUCCUGUCCCCUUCAAGCAGCAUCCAGCCUUCUCAUUCCACUGCUCUAUAUGCUGUCUAUGGCCUAAUCCCAAAUCCACCCCUAGACCCUAGACCCUUGUAGAGAUCUAAGAGGAUAUGAUUGAUUCAAGCAAUAUGGUGAAACUUCCACCUAGCAUAUCAGACGGCCGGUUGGAACUAAGCCCAUAUUGAUUACACCUGUCAUAUCAUCUCAGAUCCCCUCAAGGGUCUAGGGUCUAGGGGUUCAAUUGGGACUGUUCAUCUACUACAGCUACUAAAGGAGGACAACUCCUUCCAAACGGGACUACAAGAUCCAGAAUGCAUCUUGGCUUCACCUGGUUGUUGCCGAUCUCCAGCGCUGACCAUUCCCAGAACCAUUGUGACACUGCCGUGUCACUGUUGCAGCAAAAGAAAACCAUGAAAGAACACAUCUAACAAAGAGCUUAUUUAAAAGUGCCUAUUCAUAGACUGUACAAGAUGUGCAGAUUUAAAAUGUCAGGAAUGAUAUAAACUCAGUGUUUCAGUAAACACCCCCCCCCCCAAGCCAGAGAUGUUAUUUAUCAGACUGUGUCCUGUGACGUGUUCUGUUUCUGUAACAAAAGGUCUUCUUGAUUCAGUCCCGUUUAUUUGGAAGCGCCUGAGGGGAAAUGCACCUGCUGACCUUCUAUUUUAAAUGACCUCAUUUCCUUUCUUUUUUUUCUCUUUUUUUUUCUCCCUUCAUCAACGCAGACAGCUUUCUGGAAUUGAUAGGUUUAAUUGGUUCAAUGGAAUUAUUUAAUUGGUUCAUCGGAAUGGAUAGGUUUAAUUGGUUCAAUGGAAUUGAUAGGUUUAAUUGGUUCAAUGGAAUUAUUUAAUUGGUUCAAUGGAAUUGCUAGGUUUAAUUGGUUCAAUGGAAUUAUUUAAUUGGUUCAAUGGAAUUGCUAGGUUUAAUUGGUUCAAUGGAACGAUUUAAUUGGUUCAUUGGAAUUGAUAGGUUUAAUUGGUUCAUUGGAAUGGAUAGGUUUAAUUGGUUCCACCAUAUUGUUUUAACCUACCAGUUUGUGUGCUUGUCAAACGGCACCCUAUUCCCUACAUAGUGCUCCACUAUUGACCAGAGAUGUAUGGCCUUGGUAGGUAGGGCACUACAUAGGGAAUAGGGUCCAGGUUGAGGCGCAGACCUUCUCUCAGGACGCUGGCAGUGAGAAUGAAGGAACGGGAAUGAGGAUAGGAAGCCAUUCGAGAGUAUUGGGACUUGUUGUUGUUGUUGUUGCUUUUCAAGCCUUUUGAUUUGGUGCUGUAAAAAAGGCCUGAACCCUGUUAAUGCAUCCUGUGGCCUGUCCUUUGCUGAAGUAACCACUGAUCUAACAAGGUUGGAUAGGGCCGUUUACCCCUCCAAACCCAGUCAAUGGCAGGAUCAGUGGUCACUGUGUGAAGGGAGAAAUUAAUUAUUGGUUUUGCAUUCCAAAUGGCACCCUAUUCCCUAUAUAGUGCACAAGAGCCACUAUGGGAUCAGGUCAAAAGUAGCACACUACAUAGCGUAUAGGGUGCCAUUUUAGGACGCACUCCUUAGUGGAAAAAUGGUUGCCGUUGGCGAUUGGCUGCCUUCAUUCGAGAGCCUGAAAAGCCCAAAAAUCUGUAGUUUUAAUAUAAGUGAUGAGGAUCCUAUCACAGAGGUUAUUAGAUGACAUAUUUAGUAUUAUUAAUAUUAGUGGUAUUUUCUUUGUUGGAGAAUAUGGCAUUGAGGCCUACUUUGGGGGUCAACAACCCGAGUGGUUUGUGUUUUGUCGCUGUCUGUUUCAAAUGGUCAAAAGAGAAUAGGUUGCCAAGGGCCUUGGUCAAAAGUAGUGCUCUAUAUCAAGGGAAUAGGGUGCCAUUUGGAAUUGAACCGCUGUAUUUUGUCUCCUUUGAACAUGUCCAUGGAAUAUAAUUUGAUGUUAUGAAUAAGGAAAUGUUCCGUUUUAUUCCCUCCUUUACUUUAACUGAACGUGCCAAAUCAGAGCUGACAGGAUCUUUCUUUCCUUUAACAUGCUCACUCGUUGCCAUUAAAUAAUUUACACGGGAAGAAA